AUGACAUCGAUUUCACCAAAGAAUUCAACACGAUUUCGAAGAUUCGCCGAUGAAGAAUGCCCAUGUGAAUUCCCGAAAGGACCGCCCGGUCUACCCGGACGUCACGGAUUUGAUGGACAACCCGGGGUUCCAGGUGCACCUGGAAAACCGGCUCGUUUACCGUGUGAUGCGCCGAUCGAUUACUCGAUUCAUUGCCCUGAUCCGUGUCCGACUGGAGUUCAGGGGAAACCCGGAUCACAAGGUCCAUCAGGUGAUAAAGGAGAACAAGGGGUGAAAGGAGAGCGCGGGAAAAAUGGAAAUGACGGGAAAAAGGGACGAAAGGGUGAUUUAGGACCGAGAGGAGUACCCGGUUUGGAUGGAUUGAUCGGGGAUUCGGGCGAAGACGCGAUGCCGUCUCCGUUCAUUCCGGGAUCACCUGGGGAAAUUGGAGAAAUUGGACCACGAGGACCGAUUGGUCCAAUCGGUAUGCCGGGUUUUGAUGGACCUCAAGGUGUGAUGGGUUUACGUGGACCAAAAGGUCAAAAUGGACUCCCCGGUGGGAAAGGUGAAGCGGGAAGUGUUGGAUCGAUUGGAGAAAUUGGAGAUGAAGGAGAAAAGGGGGUUUGCCCAACUUAUUGUGCAACUGAUGGUGGUGUGUUUUUCGUCGAACCACCCGAAUGGUUUUUCAAAGAUGAA